AUGGAUCAUGGCGAUGCAUCGGAGAAUGUCGUGGAGCAGAGGAUCUCCAACAUGCGGAGAUGCACUGCUCACCUACAUGAUCUGACGCUGCUUCGUGGCACGACGUCUGCCGUGCUCCUGAACAAGUUUGGGUGUAUCAUGCAGUCAACCACGGGCGGCACAGGCACUGUCAUUGAUGGUGAGAAUGACUUUGACAAGAGCUACGUCGUCGGAGAGCUGGACAUCUUCUUAUCCCACAGCUGGCAUGCCUGCUGGUGGAUGAAGUACUUGACGUUGCUGUACUACUUCAACGCCUUGCCGGCGACCAUCACGGCCGUGGCAACAGGACUGAUGUGGUGCGCGCUGCAGUAUCGCAUCGGAUGCAUUGGCGUGCUCAGCUGGCGUGGCUUCUUUCCAAGCUCUGUGCUGUUCUUCAUUGUGCUGUUCUCUUGGCAUCACAUGCGUGCACUCCUGGAGUCCUACAGAAUCUCGAUCUUCCUCGACAAAGUUUGCAUCGACCAGAAAGACGAGCGAAGGAAGACGCAGGGGAUCAACGCCAUUGGCGGCAUUUUGAAUCGAUCUCGCACACUGCUGGUUGCUUGGGACCGGACAUACUUUACGAGACUUUGGUGCAGCUUCGAGUUGGCCGCCUUCUACCACUCCAGGCUCUACGACUCGAAGUCCGCGGGGAGAGUGGUGCUACUGCCGAUCAUCCUGGGAAGGGUGAUUUCUGAGAUUGCGAUCUGCACCUGGAUACUGGAGUUGCUGCGCGUUCACAUGCCGGACAAUGCCGCCGGCCUGCGGUCUGCGGCGCUUCUCCUGGUGAGCAUGGCUUUUGCGACCCGCUUCUAUGACUUCCUGAUGGAGGUCAACGAGUUGAAGGCGGAGCUCGCGGUUUUUUCCGCUCAGAACGCGCAGUGCUUCUGCUGUAGCAAUCGGCAUUUGAAUCCUGCUACUGGGGAGCGGCUGUCUUGCGACCGAGCGCUGGUCAAUGCAUCCAUUGCACAUUGGUAUGGCGAUGAUGACGAGAAAGAGGGCCUAACCACCUUUAAUGAGCUGAUCCGUGGGCGCUUCAGUGAAGAAGUGGGCGAAGCCAUACGCGGAGCACGAAUGCCCUUUCACUUUGUGCUGGUGGCUUCUGUGUGGCCUGCGAUGCACCAGCUUGACUACAUUGGCGAGAAGCGCGAUAUUCCUUCUGCGCGAAUUUUUCAAUGCCUGCAUAUCAUGUUCAUCAUCUUUCCUUUGAUGUUUGCAAUCCUGAUGGCAAUCAUGCGAGCGAUGACGCAUAUUCCGAAUUUCAAGAAAAGUGCCAUGACCGCUGUUUUCGCGCUUGCGAACUGCAGCCUUCACUGGGCCUUCAUCCAGCUUGGUCGGCUGCUGCGCAAAGGUGGCUGGUUCUGCGUGCCAGUGGUUUUGGCUGAGUCAUUCGCCGUCUUUAUGUUCUUCCAAGAUAGUGGCAUGAAAACUCGGACGGACAAGUUCGCCAAAAAAGUGAAGGAUAUCACUACAUUGCCAAGCCUGGAUCUCCUACGGGGUGCACUCAGUUCCGUAAGUUGCGGGAGCAAGCUCUACAUCUUCGGCGGCAACAAGGUCAGCGCAGUGGUAGCGGAGUGCUUCAGUCCUCAAGAAGGUUCGUGGAUGUCGAUGGGCAGACUGCUCACCUCUCGUCGAUGCUUUGCUGCAGCACUGCAGCUCCUGCCAGAAACGUGCCGUGGGCACAUGGCUCGUCAUUGCAUGAGCCUGCACCUGAACUUGGCGCAGGCCUGCUUGCAGCUCAAGGCCCAUGAGGCAACAGUUCAUCAUGCUACCCGGGCAUUGAAAGUGGACCAGGAGAAUGCCAAGGCCUUCUUUCGCCGUGGUUUGGCACAAGAAGCUCUGGGCAAAACGCAGGCUGCAGCGAACGAUCUACAGCGUGCUGCGAGGAUCGAGCCGCGUAAUGUGGAUGUCCGAAAGAAGUAUGAAGAGCUCAAGAAAGCUCUUCAGGACAUGGAGAAUCGCCAGGAUGAGGAGGAGGGGCCCGUAAACCAUGACCUCGGCUCACUGCCCAGGGCUUGGCUGGAAGUCGCCAUCGGCGGUUCUCCACCUCAAAGACUUGUGUUUGUACUUUAUGCUGACACCGUGCCCAAGACAGCGGAGAAUUUCCGCCGACUCUGCACGGGCGAGCAUCCAGGAACCACAGCGCGUGGGAAGCCAUUCCACUACAAGGGCAGCCUUCUGCAUCGCAUGAUUCCUGGUCUGAUGAUCCAGGGCGGCGACUUCGAGAAUGCCAACGGGACGGGUGGAGAGUCUGUUUGGUCCCGGAGAUUUCCCGACGAAGGCUUCAGGGACCAAGUCUCCCGACGAGGUCUUCUUUGCAUGGCCAAUGACGGCCCAAACACAAACGGGUCCAACUUCUUCGUGUCCUUUGCCGGUGCAGAACACCUUCACAGGAAGCAUGUGGUCUUCGGAGAAGUCUUCAGUGGAUUGGACCUAUUAGACGAGCUGGAGAAGCUUGAGACCAACGAGGAAUGCAGGCCCCUGGUGGAUUGCGUGAUCGCAGACUGCGGAGCCGAUCAGCAUUCCAUCACAGAAGGCGCCGCAUAG